CCUUUUCACCAACACCACGGUACAGUUUGCAAAGACCACGUAGCGUACUGUCAGUAGCACUGCAACAAAAACAAUUCCAUUCGUUUAAUUUUCUCACGUACAGUAUCCAUUGUCGCUGAGAUUUCGAUCUGGAUUCAUCCUACAUAAAGCCUCGGAAGAUACGCGAGAAAUUUUCAAACUAUGAUUGGAACUAGCUCGUUCCGUCUCAUCGGGACACUGUUCCUGUUUGGGAUCAUUUUGGAGUACACCUUCGGUCUUCCGGUAGUUACUCAAAAACCACCGAAAGACGAGAAAAAAGAGGAAGAGGUCAAGGACAGCAACGUGGAACAGCUGGAGAACGUGAUCGAAUAUAACAAAUAUCUUCAAGAAGUUGUGAAGGUACUGGAAAGUGAUCCCGUGUUCCGAGAGAAGCUGGAUAAAAUGGCAGAGAGCGAUAUUAGAUCAGGAAAAAUCGCUCAAGAACUGGAAUACGUAAACCACAAUGUCCGCUCACGGCUGGACGAACUCAAACGCAUUGAAUUGCAGCGAUUGCGAGAACUUGCAACGAGGCAGUUCGAGCUGACGAACGAUAUAGAUCGUGAACAUUUGAAGAUUGCCGAACAUGUGGAUCACGACAAUCAACAUACUUUUGAAAUCGAGGAUUUGAAGAAGCUUAUACUGAAGACAUCACAGGAUUUAUCGGAAAAUGAUCGAAGACGCAGGGAGGAAUUCAAACAGUAUGAACUCCAGAAGGAAUUCGAGAAGCAAGAACAAAUGCGUCACAUGGAUGAGGAGCAUCGUAAGAAAUUCGAGGAGGAUUUGAAGAAUAAGCAAGAUAAGCAUGAUAAACACGAGAAGAUUCAUCAUCCUGGAAAUAAAGCUCAUUUGGAAGAAGUUUGGGAAAAGCAAGAUCACAUGGACAACCAGGAAUUUGAUCCGAAAACAUUCUUCAUGCUACAUGAUAUUGAUGGCAAUGGUUUCUGGGAUGAGAAUGAGGUAAAGGUCCUUUUCAUUAAUGAAUUGAAUAAAAUGUACCAAGCUGGAGAACCAGAAGACGAUAUGAAGGAAAGGGCAGAAGAAAUGGAACGUAUGCGGGAACACGUGUUCCAGGAGGCGGAUACCAACAAGGAUGGGCUAAUAAGCUACGAAGAAUUCAUCGAACAAAGCAAACGAGAGGAAUUCCAGAAGGAUCCUGAGUGGAACACUGUUGAUCAUCAACAACAAUUCACCCACGAAGAAUAUCUAGCAUUUGAACGUCGUAAUCAGGAGCAGAUCCAACGGUUGAUUGCCGAAGGAAAGCUGCCACCACAUCCUAAUAUGCCACAGGGAUACUAUCCAGGCCCUAAUGCUGCUCCUUACCAAGUACACCCGAAUCAGAUACCUCAACAACAUGGUCAAUAUCAGCAAGGUGCUCCUCAGCAAGUGAAUCUUCAUCCUAAUCAAGUGUACCAGCAUCAGCCGGAUCCCAAUUAUCCACAGCACAGUGGACAGCAAUCAAACAUGUACCAACAUCCCCCUCAACCUAACAAUCGACACCCCGCUCAACCUCAAUAUCAGCAACAAAUGCAACAUCCGCCUCAACCUCAGUAUCAGCAACAAAUGCAGCAUCCGCCCCAGCCCCAAUAUCAGCAACAGAUGCAGCAUCCACCACAACCUCAAUAUCAACAAGUUCAGCACCCGCCACAAGUGCAGCAGUACCAACAACAGCAACCCCAAAAUCCACCCCGUCCCCAAAACCCGAAUCCACAACAAGUUCAGAAUCCUUCCCGAUUACAAAACCCAAAUCCCCAACAGCAAGCACAAUACCAACCCGUUCAGCGAAAUGUCGCUUCCAACGGUCAACCAAUUGCUAACGCAGCACCAGCUACAAACCAAAAGGCGCAACAAGCUCCACCAGUUUUACCACAGCAACAAGUAGACAGUCAAGCUUCCGCUCCACAAACCCCGCCUAAACAAACACAACAGGAUGUGCCAAAUAGUAAUCCACCGGUCCAACCGAGCGUACAACAACAACAACAACAACAGCAACCUUCUGUGCAACAAUAAGACUUUAGACAUAAAGAGAUCUAAUAGUUUAGGAAGUUUCAACAAAAAUUCCAGAAAAUUGGCUUGUGAUUUAGACAUACCGUUAGAUUUUUACGAAAAAAAAUCCGAUCAGAUCCUAGAAAAUGAUUUUAUAAUAUUACUUUGGACGAAGUAAAUUCUACACUGUUGUAUAUUUAACACUGCAAUUUAAAAUGUAUUCUGUGGAAAAUAAAAUAAAAUGGUCCAACAAAA